GUGUGCGUGAGAGAGAGACUCAGUCACCACGGCGACUCCGGCGCCAAGCAUGCGUGACAUCACGCCAUCGAAUCACAAUAAAAGGCCAACCCGGGACCUUGGUCCUCAGAUGCGUCCCGACUGGGAGGGGACGAACUUAUUUAGCUCCGAGAGGACUUUCAAUCAAUUACCUAUCGACGACCGACACAAGCUCUGUCGGGAUUUUGGGACACGGCAUUGAAACGACAACGAGUGGCAGCCUCCAGCCAAUCACAGCGCAGCAUGACUAACCUGAAAAUGGACACUUCAGGUGCCUCCUUCCUCUCGUUCCUGGUCCUCAUCUUCAUCCUGACCCUUGCUGCAGAGUCCCGGCCUGCGACUCGGAGCCACGAUGCCAAGGCCAUGACUGCCCUGUUUGGAUCACGGCUCUCCUCCCUCCUCAUGGCCCCACCGUCCUCCACAGAGGGGUCAGCGGUAGGUCCGGGGGCACCCCGGAAGCGGGAGGAUGAGGAAGCGGAGGGGACGACGGGAGGGUCACGCUUCCUUGUGGAAGCCCUACGCCGGUACGCCAAGGUGAGGCGGCGCGGCGGGAAGUGGACGUCGCUUGGAGGACGAGGAUGCUUCGGCUUGAAGAUGGAUCGCAUCGGCGCCGUCAGCGGACUUGGAUGCUAAACUCUGACAUGCUACCUCUGACCCCUGGCAAAGGCUGCUAGACGACUGUGUGUGCGUGUGUAACAAGACAAGCAUGUGUUAGACAUGUGCAUUUGUGUGUUGACAAGUUGUACCAUGACAACAUUCCAUCACUGAAUGUAUGUGUGCGAAGCUGAAUUAAAGAGAAAGUUCA